AUGGCCCAGUUCUUACCGUUAGCAGCACCGUUAAUAGCAGUGGCACAAGCCAUUGCUGAAAAUCAAAAUGAGCAACGUCAAAUUAAGUUAAGAGAUAAUGAAAAUAGCAUGGCCAUGGAUAUGAUCAAGCGGCAAAACUCCCUUGUUAACAAUACCAGGAUGAAGGAAAUUAAUGAUUACAUGCGCAAUAUGCAGACUGGCAUGACCACCAUAAUUGACCAGUGUCAUCGUCGUGAAGCUAGACAAGUGGCGAAAUCCCAGCUGGAUAACUUUAAUCAGUUGGUUGUAAAUCAAAAAUCCCAGCAGGACAACUUUAAUCAGUUUACGACUAAGAUUACCCAGAUGAGCGAGCGUCAACAUAAUGACCAUGUCACUUUAUUGACCGCGCUAAUUUCCAUGCAAAUGGAGACUAAACGCUUCAUGAUGCUAAUAUUUACGUCCAUGAUGUUCAUUAUUAUUGCCCUGGUCCUUGAUCAGCAACAAUAA